AACCAAUUGAUUGGAGGUUGCAUGCAGUAGGCGGAACCUGGACACGCUCAACAUCCCACAUUCAAUAGAUUAUGAGCUACAUUUUUAUAGUGAACAUAUUACAUUUACACAGCAAUUGAGAAGGAGCGCACACGGAUCUCAUAAAAUAUUGAUUGCCGUAUAACAGGUAACGGAGUGAAGAGCCACAAGACAAAGAAAAAACAGCAAAGAAGCAGAUGCAAGAUUCGUGUGGAGAUAUUCGGACUGAGUUCACAUUGGCACACUAGUUAUCUCUGACUCCUGAAGGAAAAGAGGAAAAGAAAAGAGGACAUCAGACACACACACACACACACACACACACACACACACACACACACACACACACACACACACACACACACACACACACAUCCAUCAGCACAAAGAUGAGUGACGAUAAAGCAGCUGAAAGCGUUGAACCUGCUCCACCAGCUCCAGCACCAGCGGCAGCACCAGCUUCAGCGGCAGCACCAGCUCCAGCACCAGCAGCAGCACCAGCUCCAGCACCAGCGGCAGCACCGGUGCCAGCAGAGAUGAACUCUAUUCCCAAUGGGAAAGGCCAUGAGCCUGGGGAGGAAACCACAGCGGCAGCCAAAAUACCUCCAGGAGACACCACAGAGCAGGAAAUUGUUCCUAAUAGUGUCCAAAAUGUCAGAAGUGAGGAUCCAGAGGCUAACCUUGCAGAGAGUCAGGAGUUCCUGUCUAGCAUGGAGGACAAGAAGGCCACAGGCUUCACAGACUUUGAGGGGAAGACCUCUUUCGGAAUGUCAGUAUUCAACUUGGGCAACGCCAUCAUGGGAAGUGGAAUUCUGGGAUUGUCGUACGCCAUGGCCAACACAGGGGUCGUCCUAUUCCUGGUGCUCCUGACGGUAGUGGCAGUCCUCUCAUCUUACUCCAUCCACUUGCUACUCAAAUCCUCUGGCAUUGUGGGUAUCCGGGCGUAUGAGCAGCUGGGCCAAAGGGCGUUUGGAACGCCAGGCAAGAUGGCCGCCGGCAUCGCCAUCACACUGCAAAACAUCGGAGCCAUGUCCAGUUACCUGUACAUCGUGAAGUAUGAGUUCCCUCUGGUCAUCCAGGCCUUCCUGGGGGUUGACAAUCCAUCAGGUGAGUGGUACCUGAAUGGGAACUACCUGGUCAUCAUGGUGUCCAUCAGUGUCAUCCUGCCUCUGGCUUUGAUGAAGCAGCUAGGGUACUUGGGCUACACCAGUGGCUUCUCCCUCACCUGCAUGGUCUUCUUCCUCAUCUCGGUCAUCUAUAAGAAGUUCCAUACCCCCUGUCCCUUUAUAGACUUUGCCUUUAACAGCACAGCCAGUGUGAUUGCUGUUACCAACGACACAGGUUACAACCAAGCCUGUGUUCCCAAAAUGGUCAACCUCAACUCACAGACUGCCUACACCAUCCCCAUCCUGGCGUUUGCCUUUGUGUGCCACCCUGAGGUCCUGCCCAUCUACACCGAGCUCAAAAACCCAACCAAGCAAAGGAUGCAGCAUGUGUCCAACAUCUCCAUUGUAGUCAUGUACACCAUGUACUUCCUGGCUGCUCUGUUUGGAUACCUGACCUUCUAUGGUGAGGUGGAGUCAGAGCUGCUGCACACCUACAGCCGUCUGGACCCGUACGACACCCUGAUCCUCUGUGUCCGUCUGGCCGUGCUCACCGCUGUCACACUCACCGUCCCCAUAGUGCUCUUCCCUGUAAGGAGAGCCAUCCAGCAGUUGUUUUUCCCCAACAAGACAUUCUACUGGCCCCGCCACAUUGCCAUUGCUGUCACCCUGCUCACCCUCAUCAACAUGCUGGUCAUCUUUGCCCCUAACAUCCUGGGCAUCUUCGGCAUCAUCGGUGCCACAUCUGCCCCCUGCCUCAUCUUCAUCUUCCCUGCUGUCUUCUACAUCCGCAUUGUACCCGAAGAGGAGGAGCCCAUGCGCUCUACCCCCAAAAUCCUGGCUGCCUGCUUCGCUGGAAUAGGCUUCCUGUUUAUGGUAAUGAGCCUCAGCUUUAUCCUCAUUGAUUGGACGUCGGGGAGUAGCAAAGCCAGCAGCGGUCAUUAGGCUCCUUCUAUAAGUCUUCUGUUUUUAUAUUGUAAAUCUAGACCUGUAUUGUAUUUUCUCUGUGUUGUCAUGGAUCAUAUUUAGUAGAAGAUGCACUAUCUCUUCCUCCAGAAUGAGUGGGCCAUAGUGUCUAGAGAUGGGGAAUUCAAUCUUCUGGAGGUUUCUGCUCCCCGUUGGACUGCUUCUCACUCAAGGUCCAUGGAAUUGUAGCCCAAGCCAAACUGUGUAUAGAGGGAAAGGCCAACAUACUUUCCUGGGGAAGACGAUAGUGCAUUAGAAAGAAAUGGAAAGUCAUGCUGGCUUGCUGAAUCUGCCACCACCUCCCAUUCCAGCCCUGCCCUCCAGACCAGACCCAUAAUCUAUUACCCUAUAAACGUGUAAUCUGUCAAUCACAGCAAGAAUCUAACUGCCACACUCUAGUCUAGAUAACCACAUAGCUUUCAGUAGGGGAGAAGAAGACACAACAGAUCGUUGGAGGCUGGGCAGUUCAUUCAUAUUUGUAGGCCAAGUCUACUGUGUUAAGUUAUUGAUGUAGUUAGGUCAUGGCAAUAUUCGGUACAAUAGCUGAGGGAAUGUGGCAUUAAAAGCUAUUGGACAGAGGCAGAGCGGUGGUUACUGUGGCAACGUCCAGUGACCCGUGCUGGUGUCGUCACCCCGGUGGCCAGAUGCCAUCCUUAAUCUACACGCUCGGCUUCAUUCCUCACAGAUAUCAGAGGAUGGAACCAUGCAACUGAUAUGCAACUGUACAGUGUGUGCAGUCUUAUGACUCUAUCAUUACAAUACAGUAUGAAAUAUAUACAGUAUCAGUCAAAAGUUUGGACACACCUACUCAUUCAAGGGUUUUACUUCAUUUGUACUAUUUUCUACAUUGUAGAAUAAUAGUGAAGACAUCAAAACGAUGAAAUAACACAUAUGGAAUCAUGUAGUAGACGAAAACGUGUUAAACAAAUCAAAAUAUAUUUGAGAUUCUUCAAAGUAGCCACCGUUUGCCUUGAUGACAGCUUUGCACAUUCUCUCAACCAGCUUCACCUGGAAUGCUUUUCCAACGGAGUUCCAACAUAUGCUGAGCACUUGUUGGCUACUUUUCCUUUUCUCUUCACCAACUCAUCCCAAACCAUCUCAAUUGGUUUGAGGUCAGGUGAUUGUGGAGGCCAGAUCAUCUGAUGCAGCACUCCAUCACUCUUCUUCUUAGUCAAAUAGUCCUUACAGCCUGGAGGUGUGGUGGGUCAUCGGGUGGCAGGUAGCCUAAUGGUUAGAGAGUUGGACUUGUAACCGAAAGGUUGCACAAUCGAAUCCCUGAGCUGAAAAGGUAAAAAUCUGUCGUUCUCCCCCUGAACAAGGCAGUUAUCCCACUGUUCCUAGGCCGUCAUUGAAAAUAAGAAUUUGGUCUUAAAACCUGUUACGGCUAGACGUUCCGUUAGCGGAAAAUUGCAGAGCGCGAAAUUCAAAAUAAAUGAUUAGAAAUAUUUAACUUUCAUAAAAUCACAAGUGUAAUACACCAAAUUAAAGCUUAACUUCUUGUUAAUCCAGCCACCAUGACAGAUUUAAAAAAGGCUUUACGGCAAAAGCAAACCAUGCGAUUAUCUGAGGACAGCACCCCAUCAUACAAACACGUGAAAUCAUAUUUCAACCAAGCAUGUGCGACACGAAAUUCAGAAAUAACGAUAUAAUUCAUGCCUUCCCAGAAGAUCUUCUUCUGUUGGCACUCCAAUAUGUCCCAGAAACAUCACAAAUGGUCCUUUUGUUCGAUAAACUCCGUCUUCAUAUCCCCAAAAUGUCAAUUCAUUUGGCACGUUUGAUUCAGAAAUACACUGGUUCCAACUCGCCCAACAUGACUACAAAUUAUCUAAUAAGUUACAUGUAAACUUGGUCCAAACAUUAAACAACUUUCGUAAUCCAACUUUAGGUAUACUAAAACGUAAAUAAUUGAUAGAAUUUAUGACGGAAUAUACUGUGUUCAAUAGCGGAUAAAAUCAACGUGGAGCACGCAACAAACAAAAGAGUACACUUGGCUUGACACACAGAAAGGAAAGGGCUACUUCUUGAUUUCUCUAAGGAAAAAUAUCACCCAAUUACUAAAGACCGUUUACAUCUAGUGGAAACCAUAGGAACUGCAACCAGGUGGCUCAUAAAUCUAGUUCCCCAUAGAAAACCAAUAGAAAACACAAUCAUCUGAAUGUUUUUUUCCUGGAUGGUUUGCCCUCGGGGUUUCGCCUGCCAAAUAAGUUCUGUUAUACUCACAGACAUAAUUGUAACCGUUUUUGAAACUUUAGAGUGUUUUCCAUCCAAAUCUACCAAUUAUAUGCAUAUCCUAGCUUCUGGGCCUGAGUAGCAGGCAGUUUAAGUUGGGCACGCUUUUCAUCCGGAAGUGAAAAUACUGCCCCCUAUCCCAAAGAGGUUUUAACUGACUUGCCUAGUUAAAUAAAGGGAAGGAAAAAAGUUGUCCUGUUGAAAAUGAUAGUCAAACUAAGUGCAUACCAGAUGUGAUGGUGUAUAGCUGCAGAAUGCUGUGGUAGCCAUGCUGGUUAAGUGUCCCUUGAAUUCUAAAUAAAUCACAGAUAGUGUCACCAUGCUUCAUGUGGGAACCACAUAUGCGUUCAUCUACUCAGUGUCUCACAAAGACACGGCAGUUUGGACUCAUCAGACAGAUUUCCACUGGUCCUUUGCUCGUGUUUCUUGGCCCAAGCAAGUUUUAAUUUUUAUUGGUGUCCUUUAGUAGUAUUUUUUUUUGCAGCAAUUCGACCAUGAAGGUCUGAUUCACGUAGUCUCCUCUGAUUAGUUGAUGUUGAGAUGUGUUACUUGAACUCUGUGAAGCAUUUAUUUGAGCUGCAAUCUGAGGUGCAGUUAACUCUAAUGAACUUAUCCGCUGCAGCAGAGGUAACUCUGGGUCCUCCUUUCCUGUGGUGGUCCUCAUGAGAGACAGUUUCAUCAUAGCGCUUGUUGGUUUUUGUGACUGCACUUGAAGAAACUUUAAAAGUUCUUGACAUUUUCGGCAUUGACUGACCUUCAUGUCUUAAAGUAAUGAUGGACUGUCGUUUCUCUUUGCUUUUUUGAGCGGUUCUUGUCAUAAUAUGGACUUGGUCUUUUACCAAAUAGGGAUAUCUUCUGUAUACCAACCCUACCUUGUCACAACACAACUGAUUGGCUCAAACGCAUUAAGAAUAAAGAAAUUCCACAAAUUAACUUUUAACAAGGCGCACCUGUUAAUUGAGAGAAUGCCAAGAGUGUGAAAGGCUGUCAUCAAGGCAAAGGGUGGCGACUUUGAAGAAUUUCAAAUCUCCAAUAUACCGCCAAUAUAUUUCUUUAACACGUUUUUGUUUACUACAUGAUUCCAUAUGUGCUAUUUCAUAGUUUUGAUGUCUUCACUAUUAUUCUACAAUGUAGAAAAUAGUAAAAAUAAAGAAAAAUCCUGGGAUGAGUAGGUGUGUCCAAACUUCUGACUGGUACUGUAUAUACAGAGAGAUAUAUACAUAUAUAUAUAUAUUUUUUUUUUCAUUAUUUUUUUGAUAAAGAAAGAUUGGGUAUGGACAUUUCAGUCUAUCCUCAGCAACAGUAUUAAGGCUAGCAUUUCACAUUGGUGUGUCUCUUCGAUAUGUGCACGGAACUAUAUCAGAAUAGCUUUUUCAUGGUUCGAGGAGCAGCUCUGAUGUCUAAAAUGGAAGGAAAGCCUGGCUAUGAGCUGCCUCCUCAGCCUGGCUAUGAGCUGCCUCCUCAGCCUGGCUAUGAGCUGCCUCCUCAGUAUGAGAGUCUGUUAUCGAGGUGUUGGAGGUGGAGGGUACUGUUAACCUCAUCCGGGAUCAGUGGGGGUGUAUAUCUCUGCAUCGUCAUGUUUUGAUAUUGAGAUGGCUCACUGAUCUAGGACCAGUGUUCUAAGUGUAAGAGGAGGCUCUUUACCCAGGUUUGUUGUUAUGCUGUUUCUGAACAUUUACUAAGAGUAAUCAGAGAUAAACAAAACAUUUGUUUUUUAAACUCACAGGGUCAAUUCAUUACGUGGAGAAUCAAGGAUGGCAUGUGUAAAUAUAGUUAUUUCCAGGACAAGCCCGUUUUUGAGCUUGGUCUCUAACUAUUAGUCUAGUGACAUGGUGCCAUGAUGAGAACACAAUGUGGUGUCAAUGUCUCUCUAACAUCCCUGCAAAGUAGGUGGUUAGUUAUAGCACUGUCAGCUGAUAAGCACAACUUUUUCCGAUAGCCAAUUAAUCAAUUGACAUGCAAACAAUUUAUUUGUAAGAUACUCAUACAUUUUAUAGAUAUGAUUUUAAUGGACUACCCUUUGUAAUAACCAUCUAUGAACAUGUGUCUAAAUCCUAAGUAAGUCAUAUAAUCCUGUGUACGUUACAUUACAAAAAUAUAUGUAUUUGCGGUCUAACAUGGUACAUGGAUGAUUCCUCCAACUACUUGAAGCUCUUUCUCUCCUGUUCGGUGUCUGCAUAGUGCUCAGCAGUCCUGCAAUGAUUUAAGUGUGAACAUGGUGUGUGAACAUGGUGUAUGUCUGUUCAUCUGCUUCAAUAUGGAAAGAACACAACUGUGUACAGUGGAUGUACUGUGAGGAUUGUAAGUGUGUCCAUGUUGUUGAAAUGAAGCAUGGAUGUAUUGUAUUUGAAUUGUGGUACUUAUACACUAUAUUGUAUUGUGAAACAAUCAAGGGAUUCAUUAACCAUAAGUGUAACUGAAGUGUUGAUCUCUUAUCAUUAUGCAGUAUUUAAUGAGCAUGUAAGAUUUAAAAGCCUGACUGAACCUUUCAUAAUUUCCGACUAGAGUGUUGUCAGGUAUGAGUGGCAUAUUAUUACUGGUCAGUUUUUUAAACAUCCCUGUCUGCCAACUCCUUGUGUUGAGCAGGUUUGAUAGAUCAGGUGAAAUGUCCCUUGUCUCUCUCUGUUGUUUUGCUUGUGAUGAAGUUGCAGAUUCAACAUUACAUACAGUGAGUGCUGUAAUAUUGUACACGAGUAUUGUAUCAUUGUUCUGUCAAACCUAGUUGUGAGGGCAAAAAAAGUCCUCUCUCAAUCAAUCAUUGAUCAACUCUUCCUCAGAGAAUGAUGACCAUUCUGCAUGUUCCAGUAUAUAGAGAGACUGGUCAGUAUCAGCCAGCUCAGCUCUGCUCUCUCUGUCUAUUACUCAUUUAUGUCAUAGCUUAACAGAUGAUUCUGUUUCCAUUUAGAUAAAGAUCAAUGUUUAAAGUCAGAUAUUUUAACAACAUGUUUGUGUUAUUCUGAUGCCAUAUACAACUGUUACUGGUAUAUUAUUCUGGGGCGGCAGGUAGUCUAGUGGUUAUAACGUUGGACUAGUAACCGAAAGGUUGUAAGAUCGAAUCCCUGAGCUGACAAGGUAAAAAUCUGGCAUUCUGCCCCUGAACAAGGCAGUUAACCCACUGUUCCUAGGCUGGCAUUGAAAAUAAGAAUUUGUCGUUAACUGACUUGCCUAGUUAAAUAAAACAUUGAAAAAUCUGUGACAUACAGUAUCAGACCUUAAAAAUAUAAUUUAUUAGCACCAGGAGGCGAAAGUCAUUGUUAAAGUGGCUGAUCUGAUACCUUGACUAGUCUGGUAACUUGCUCCAUACAGUAUCAAACUCUCAUUUCCUUGUGUGAUUUAAUGAAAUUGGUAUAUGAGUUUAUAACAACUUUAAUGAAAUAUUGACUUCGGCCAGCAUUUAUAAAUAAUGUAUAUAAAUGUAAACCCUUUUCAUUCAAUUUGCAUAUCUAGUUUGCAUAAUGUAAAUAGCAGGUACAGUUUUAGUUUGAUAAUUAAAAAAGAUAAAUGUAAUCAUUUUUAAAGUGCUUUUAAACCUAUCUGCCCUUCCUUUUAUGUCUUUAUUUUCAUGUAUAUCAAUAUAUUUGAAUACAUUGCUGGCAGUAAUUGUACUGUAAACAAUGUUGCAAUAAAAAUAAUAAAAUAACAUUAUACUUUU